AUGGCCAAAGGAAGAUUAAUAACCCGAUCUGUAUCAAAGAACAGACCAGUAGACAUGACUCUAAACCUGGAGUGUUCAGACGAGCCGUUGAGCGAAGCUCAACUAGCAAUGUCCACCAAAUUAAAAGAAAACUACGAGCGAGUGGUGUCAACCCUGGACGACCUUAUGAAGGAGCACAGCGGGCAGCUGCUGACCCAGGUGGGAGGUGUAAGCGCCUACCAAUACAAGCUCUCAUCAAACGCAGUGAACAGCCCGUCUCUGAUAAAAGCGAACCAGCUGAGCGUAGUCAAUCAAACCAAGUCAAUAAAGCUCAACGUGUUGGACACCUCCAACACAGUAACACCCUUAACCACCACGACAACAACCCCGCAAGGUAACAUGCUGGUCGUAGACCCACGAAUGGGCGUCUUGCUAGGCACCGUGGUCUCUAGCCAAUCUUUAUCAGCGCCAUUGGUGACAACAUCAACCGCAGCAUCAACACCAGCAGCUACAACAGUCUCUACCGCUUCCCAGAAGUCUCUUAUCAGCACCACUGAAAGCACAACUACUCCAACUAACUCCCGGAUUACCACCACGUCCUCCGGAGCAAUUACUUCAGUGGUAACCACUCCGACCACCAUGAGGAGAGCCAAGGUUGUUCCUCUGCAGCAGCUUCAAGAAGAUCCCGAGAUUCCUGCAUUGAGAUUGAGGAAUAAAACAGUAACUACUUCCUCUACUCCAACCACGACCACCCCCACAGCGAGUAUGAACUCCCAAGGGAUCAAGAUCAACAGGUCUACAACUUCCUCAAAUUCAAUCGUAGUCUCCAGGCCGACUGAGCAGACCAGCAUCGGUGGAAUUCGCGUCGGAGCCAAGAAUGGAGCUGGUGAUGUAAUCGAGGAAGCCAAGAAGAACCUCCCGGACAGCAAGGAGAUCGCUUUCAACAAAGUUAACGGCACCAGGACCUUCCCUUCAUUGGUAGUAGUCGCGCGACCUCACCUGAGCAUUAAGAACAUCACCACAGCCCAAGCAACUCAAGAAAGAAGCGAGUUGGACAUGACUGUCAAGAGUGUCUUAGUCUACACACCCUCUAAAUUCGCAGAGUGGCUAAUUCAGAAGGGCCUGAUCCGCUCGGAGCAGUUCUGCACUCAACAUCCCACGGGAGUAGUCGACCCAGCUGGAAAUCCUUCUUACAAGAAGCUUAAGUUAGGAAUGUACAGCGACUCGGGAACUUUUCCUUACUCUGGAGGAUAUGUCUGGAUCGCCAACUGCUGCCACAAUAAAUUUGUAUCAGUUUUUUCUGGGUCUAUAUUCCAAGGAGCGCCUCACCCGCCUUCAGUGCUGCUUAAGUUGAUCUACCACUGGUCCUGCCAGACAAAUAUUCAAAACGUCGUUUCCUGGGUCAAGGUCUCCAAUGUUUAUGUCAAGAAUUUUUACACCAACCUCCGGAGCGUCUGCACGGCCGCUAUCUGGGACAAGAGCUCCCUAAUGGGCGGCAAGGGCUCCAGUAUUCAAGUUGGGGUGAUAAGUUUAGGCACUACGUCUCAAGACGGCAAUAUGCGGCAAGUAAAGGUUGAAGUUUUGGGAAUUCUUAAUGCUGAAACUGGACAAUUGAGAUUGAGAGCCUGCGACCCGAUGCAUGACUCCGACAGGUCUUUCAGGAGGAGGUUUAAUAAUAUUCUCCACCCUCUGGAGAAUUGGGUUCAUAAAGACUCUAAAAUUCUGACUGAUUUUACGGUAGACAAACCUACUCUGCAAGACAUGGGCUUCUCCCAAGUCCACCAGACGGCUUUUAGCGACCAGAACCCCCGGAACACCCGGAGCAACUACCAGAUAAUGGAGUACCUGAGAAAAAUAGUCCCCAGGAUGUUCCAGAACACUCUGAGUCUCUUGAGCCGGCAGAUGAUGCAGCAGUUCCUUGAUGAGCUAGUUUGGCGCGAGACUUUUGGCUCCACAGCCGCUCGGGCGUUUGAUAACAUCAUUCUGCACCUCGCGGAGCAAACCAAGCUGUGCACCAGCGAGUCGCUGUUAGACCGGCUGGCUAAAAUCUCGACUAAUCCUUUUCAAGACUGGUCUUAUACUGUCGAGCCUCAGCCUCUGCCUCUGCCUUCUGUCCCGGAGCACUUGAAAGUGGGUCUAGGAGGUGGCAAGAAGGAGAACAACCGCCAAUCGGAGCCGGUUCAAUUGAAGCCCGGGCCUAAGAGAAAACGCAAGCGGCAGCAGGACGCUGGCCCAGAAGCCAAGAGACCGCUUUUGGACUUUAAGCUGAUUCAAUAUCGAGGCAUUGAGCAUCUGAAAAGCGACCAGAUUCCGCUGAGUGAAUUUUAUUACGCGACUGUUGAUGGAGAUCCUCACCAGGUGGCGAAGGAGGAUAAAAGCGCGGUUGAUUUUAAAUGCUUCCUCUGUAACAGUGUUUUGAAAACUAAUACGCAGAUUAUGGAACACAUGAUUUGUCAUGUUCCACCUAGAGUUCCGGGACAGACUGUGGUCAAUGAUGAUGAUGAUGAAAAUAGCAGCAGUAAUAAGAAUAAUAGGAGCAGUCAUGUGUGCAGGUACUGCUGCGCUGCUUUCUCAUCCAAGCACCAGAUGACCACCCACAUUGACGAGCACCAUAGUGUCUUUGGAAAGAGCGACGACGCUGCUAUGGUGGCUUGUGGAAUCUGCGAGCAGAAGUUCAGCAACACCCAAUUGUUGAUCAAUCACAUGUCGUUUAUGCAUUUGCCCUCGGAGAUGCCUUACAGGUGCGACAGCUGCUGGUACAGGACCUCAAGUCACAAGGACAUCAUUGACCACUUCUAUGAAGUUCAUGAGAAAGGAGAGACGCUCCAGUGUCCUUAUUGCUUGAAGCUAAUUCCACUUGCUAAGGAUGGAAAAAUCAGCACUAGCAAUGUCCAUGCUUAUUUGGUUCAUUUGCAGAGACACAUGGUGAGGCGCGAGCAAGGUAGGGGGAACAAGUGCACCAGGUGCUGCUUGUGGUUCAAUCAGAAGAGCCUGCUUCAGAGACACCAGCGGACUCUUCAUCAGGUUUAUCAUGGAUCCAAGGAUCCUAACUUUCAUCCGUUUAAACAUCCGAUGUCAGAUUCGGAUCAGAGCAAUAUUAUUGUCAUUUGCAAAUCGCAGCACCAGCUCAGGAGAAUUGUUGUUAGAAGUCCCUCGCCGGAAUUGCCGGAGGAUGAUAAUAUUAGAAAGUGGAGCUGGGGACAGGUUAAGAUUCAUUUGCCUAAUAUGGGACUCAGGUCUUAUCAGCCGUUGGCUUGUUUGGAGUGCGAAGAGGAUGUUGAUGAGGAACAACAUUUUCCUGGGGAACAGAGGUGCUUUCAGUGUCGUUAUGUUACUUGCUGUUGGAGAGCUUUUAAAGAACAUCAGCAGCAGAUUCAUAAUGAACGCCCGAUGACUAGUUUAAUUGUUCCAUCGCCGCUGGUUAAUAUUCCACUGGAGAAGAAAAUGAAUUGCUCGUGCGGGUUUGGGACUAUUGAUGGAAAUUUAUUGGCAGUGGUCGAAACAGGAGAAGAAAAUAAAGAAUCUCCGGUAAUGCUGGACAGUCUGGGCCUGAUACCCAAAUCAGUACCCUAA